GCCCACAAACUCGCGAUGGCUACUGUCUGCCGAGAUAGGACACGUCAAAGGAUCAUAAUGGCAAAAAGAGACUAACACUUCGAUUUAGACAGUGGAAACAAGUAAGCAUCUUCAUCAUUUGAUUUGCGCUCUUUACACUUGAACAAUAUGUGAUUAGUUUUUUUGCGAGUUCAUAUUUCGAAAUCAUAUUGUUCAAUUCGAGUGCUAUGCUAUUCUUUUCUUUUCUUUUGUUUGGUGUUUGAUUAUGGAUGCUGACCAAUUUCCCACCAACCUUGAGUCGAGAUAACACAAUUAACUAGAUUCGGAUCAAACGUCUCCAAGCGCUUGUAGGGGAGAUAAUAUCAGCUACAAGCCAGUGGUUAUCUGAGCCUAUUUUUCACCGUUUUGACUGACACCUGGAUCACAGUCGCAACUCCACUAGGAGCUUCACGGAGCCCGAGUGAAGAUGCUCACCGAGGAGCGGCUUUAUCAUCUUUGAGGGCGCGGAGCGCACUGGUCUGUUCGUAGAGUGAAACCAAAAGCUAUAAAGGAUUUAACUUAAAAGUAAAGGAUAUUUGGAAUCACUCAGAGUAAGAAGGAAUUUCUGUUGCAGUCUGCUUCAGCGGCACUUGACUUGGGAAGCAGACACUUAAUACUUAGCAUACUUUGAAUCUUACCGAUGGAUUUCUUUAACGGGUCAAAUUUCUCCCUCGGGGACAGUAAUUCAACAACAACAGCUGCAGAUCGGGCCCUUUAUUGCAGUGCCAUCCUCCCUGUCAUCUUUGGCACCAUCUGCUUUCUGGGUAUCAUGGGGAACUUUAUUGUUAUCUACACCAUCAUGAAGAAGACCAAGUGCCGUGCCAAGCAAACUGUUCCAGACAUCUUUAUCUUAAACUUGUCAAUUGUUGAUCUCCUGUUUCUCCUCGGGAUGCCAUUCCUCAUCCACCAGUUGCUGGGCAAUGGUACCUGGCACUUUGGAGCCGCAAUGUGUACGGUCAUCACUGCGCUUGACUCCAAUAGCCAGAUUGUCAGUACUUACAUCCUCACCGCAAUGACCCUCGACCGUUACUUGGCUACUGUCCAUCCUAUCCGCUUCAACUAUGUCCGCACACCUUGUGUGGCAGCACUGGUCAUUGGCCUGGUGUGGGGUCUGUCCUUACUCACCAUCAUCCCCGUGUGGAUGUACGCAGGCCUGAUGCCCCUCCCAGAUGGCCUGGUGGCCUGUGCUCUCCUUCUGCCUGACCCAGUCACUGACACAUAUUGGUUUACGCUUUACCAGUUCUUCUUGGCAUUUGCUAUACCUUUGGCCAUCAUCUGCCUGGUGUUCUUCAAGAUCCUCCAGCACAUGUCCACCAGCGUGGCACCACUGCCUCCACGUAGUUUGAGGGUGCGCACCAAGAAGGUGACCCGGAUGGCAGUGGCUAUCUGCUUGGCUUUCUUCAUCUGCUGGGCCCCAUACUACAUCCUUCAGCUGGUCCACCUUGGGGUGCAAAAGCCAAGCCUAGCUUUCUCCUAUGCCUACAACAUAGCCAUUAGCAUGGGCUAUGCUAAUAGUUGCAUCAACCCAUUCCUCUUCAUUAUCCUCAGUGAGACCUUCAAGAGACAGCUUCUCAGGGCUGUGCGCCCGGUUAAUCGAAAGUUCCGUGUAAACCCGAGCACCACUGAUGGUGGCAGUGUGAGUGUGAGAAUGGUACCUGAAGGGGCUCAGCAGGCGCAAGCCUCUGAGAUGAUACCGUCCAAUGAGGCCCCACAAUGAAUAGGGAACAACAAUCACGAUAACUUUAUUACUGUGUAUCUGUGCAACUGGUAAGCACUAUGAAUGGGACAUUAACAGAAAAACACAUAGACCUAUACAUGUUGUUUCUGAACAGCAAUGCCAACUCAAUUUGAGCAUUUUUUUUACACAGUAUGUUCUCUUUUUUUCAGCGAAGACCUGAAACUGAACUAUCAUUCAUGAGUCUAUAUUUAUCUAACCAGCAUGCUGCAGCCACUUACUGGGCUUGUUCCACCUUUUUAAAAUACAUAUAUAGUCAUAGGUCAAUUUGUUGAAUCUGUUCAAAUCAUCACAAACCUUCAUUUAAUUUGACUUGAGUUUGUACAUAAAGCCAGGAAAAAACAAUCAAUGAAAUCUUAUAGUUUUGCUCAGUUGAACUUAUUCACUCGUCUUACAAACCUGUGAUUUCCUUUUGAAUUGCACUAGUGGUAUGGGUUUAAGACCAGUUAAUCUGCUACAUUCUGAAAACGCCUUAAUACCAGUUUGGCUGUAAUAGGCCUAUACAUGACUGUAAAUAAUAG